AUGCCCCUUUCGACCUCAUCUUUGGCUUCGGCUGGCAGCCAUAGCCGCCGCCACCGCCACCACCACCAGCAGCAGAAGCAGCAGCAGCCGCAACAACAACAACAACAGUCUUCAAAGAGCUCCAAGUGUGUCCACUUUGCCACGACACAGGACCUCGAGACAUUCAGACCGCAGCUGGCGUCGCACUACGCGACGCCGUCCUUUGCCCGUCCUGUUCCUCAAAAGGGGUCCACGACUCGACGCUAUACGAUCGAUGAAGUGGAGCUGUACUUUAGUGAAGAUCGCCCGGCCUGCCCCGUGGUGCCGAGCGACUAUGCCGUGCGAAAAGCAGCAAACCGCGACAACUUUGUGCUCUGUGGCUACCUUGAGACUCGCCGCGUGACAUUAGGCCGCACGAGUUGGACCCCGCACUGGGCUGAACUGUAUCCAGGAAUUCUCGAGCUGCGCAAAUGUACCGACGCGAGCGUGCGCAAGAGGGCGCUGCUGCCCCUCAAGAGUUGCAAACUGACCUUCUUCGACCUGAAAGAACACGCGGUCAUGCAGAUGGAGUUUCUGUAUCAAGGCAAAAGCGACGCGAGGGUGCUUCGGUUCCAGACGAAACAGGAUCUGUUCUUGUGGUGGUGGUCGAUCCAAGUGGCCGCUCAAGUGCACAUUGAGCCCCAGUUGCUCCACAAGGGCCUGAGUCGGUCGACGGUGUCGGCACUUCAGCUCAAAGACGGAACGUAUCAAGUGGAUAACGUUUUGUUUCCGAAACUGAUGCAGCCCGUGCUCCAUCCGCUCAAAAAGAAGCUGCGGCUUCCUCGCGGGGUCACGCACCUCAUUUUCAUUCGUCACGGAGAGACGGAGAACAUUAACUUCCGCGUGAGCGACCGAGAGAAGAGACUGACGCAGCGAGGAAAGGAACAGGCGAAGAUCACUGCAAAGUAUCUGAGUAGGAUGCUGCAGGCACGAGGAAGUAGCACGCCCUGCGUGAGUCUAGUGCAUGGAAGAUUGCGACGGACUGUUGAGACGGCGGCCGCGUUUGUGGAUGUGAUGCCAUGGAUCGCCAACAAGAGCGAGUGCUGCUUCUUGGAGGACGGGGCGCCCAAAUCUGUCGAUAUUUAUCAGCGCUACGAGUUCCGUGAGUCGAUGCACAAGAUGGCGUUCCAGAGCAUUUGCCGCUGGGACGGAGGCGACAAUUUCGUGCGCAAUCCAAGCGGUGAGCCCGAGAACUUCAAGAUUGCCAUUGCACACGCGAGUUUCAUCCAGUACUGUAUGGCUCAAUGUUACAACGUUCCCAGGGAGAUCGUCCAACUCGGUGGGCCCAUUAGCCACUGCAGCAUCACGCGGAUCGACGUGAGGUCGAGUGAUGAAUUUGUCGGCAAGUUUUCCAACCUCGUUUCGCACCUGCCACUCACCCACCAGACUAGUGAGUAA